AUGGACAGAUUAAUCAAGCCUGAAUUUCAGGUUAUUGAUUUUCUGUUCGCCGCCGGCCGGAAAUGUUCUCAGGCGUUUAAGCUCUCAAAUCUGAUGCACACCAUGCCGGUCGCCGUUUCCCUUACAGUUUCCGAUCCAUCGGUCUUCUCCUUCGCAGCGCCGUUUUCGAUUAUUCCGCCGCUGUCGACGGCAUCGUUUUGUCUCCUUCUCAACAAGCCCCUCGACGCGCCGCCGCUCUCCACGCCGCCGGCGACCGUCACCGUCAGAUCCUCCAUGCUCCCCACCGGAAAAGCGCUCCACGGCGAUCUCCGGCGGCUCUUCUCCAAGCCCGGCCCGCACAUAUUCAAGGAUGCUGAGAUUCUGAUUUCCUUUGUCGGCGCCGACGUCGCCGAGUUCCUCCUUUCGCCGCCGGCGGCGGCGAUCCUCCCCCUCCCGGAGAUCAGAAAUUCCUUCUUCUGUAAAGCAAUCGCGCCGUGCGAUGCGGCGGAGCUCAAUUCCUUGCUCCGGAUCGCCGCCGCGAACGGGAAGGUCAGUUCGAUUUCAGCCCUAAUUUCCGCCGGCGCCGCCGUUAACUCCGCCGCGGCGGUCGCCGGCGCCGGAGAGUCGUUGAUCUCCUCUGCCGUCGCUUCCGGCAGCGCCGAAGCUGUCAGAACCCUAAUCGAAUCCGGCUGCGAAAUCGACGCCAUCAACGACCGGCUGCUCCACAGCGCCGCCGCACGCGGCGGCGUCGAUUUACUCCAAACUAUCUGCUUAAGCUACGCCGACAUCGAUUUAAACUCCGGCAAUUCUCAGGGCCAAACCGCCGUCCACAUUGCCGCCAUAAACUCCCAAACUGAAGCUCUGCAAUUCCUCCUCUCAAUCGGCGGCGACCCGGACAUCUCCGACGACGACGGCUGGACGGCGCUGCACUACGCCGCCGACCGCGGUGACUCCGGCGCGGUCGAGGUCCUUCUCCGCCACUCCUCCUUCUCGAAGCACGCCGUCACGAAGGACGGCAAGACGGCGUUCGCCCUGGCCGCCGGCGGCGGCCAUUCCGACCUCUUCGAUGCUCUGCAAUUAGGCGACGAGUUGCAGAGAGCCGCGCGAUCAAACGACGUCGUGUCGAUCGAACGGUGCGUAUUGAACGGGGCGAAAAUCGACGGCAAGGAUCAAAACGGGUGGACGGCGUUGCACAGAGCGGCGUUUAAAGGACACAUGGAGAGCGUGGAGGCUCUGAUCCGCCAUGGCGCGAGGAUCGACGUCGUCGACGGCGGCGGCUACACGCCGCUUCUCCGGGCGGUGGAGGCCGGCCGCGUCGAGAUCGCCAUGUUUCUGCUGUCGAGCGGAGCGAAGACGAGCCUGAAGAGCAUAAAGGGAAUGGCGGACUGUGGUGGUGGUGGAGAUCAUCGUCAUCGUCUCCAUUGCCAUCGUCGUUGUAAUUCGGAGCUGUUGAAUUGA